AUGGCAUUUUUAGACCUCCCCACAGAAUUAAUCCUCCUCAUCUUACCGUCCUUGUCUGAAAGCGAUCUCACGCAUCUGCUACAAGUUCAUUCUUCUCUAUUCAAUAUUGUCCUCCCGUAUCUGUACAAGCGCCAUAUCCACGACAACACCAAAGGCCAAGACCAAGAGGCACAAGGACUAGCCCUCUUCCGCUGUACAAUCACAGGCAACACAGCAGCAGUCAGCCGCUUCCUCCACCACGGCGCCGAUCCAAACGCUUUGAUUAGCGCGGCAUCAAUCCGUCAGGUUAAAGCAAAUAUACUUUCUUCUUCUUCCUCUGGGGCCUUUGGAUUUCUGCCAUGGCACAAUAUGCAGACGCCAUUAAAUAUUGCUGCGAAUAUGGGGGAUGAUGCGCUAGUGUCUUUAUUGUUGAGUUACGGGGCGAGAGUUGAUGGGUUUUCGCCUAAAGGUCACCAGGGUACUGGUGAGGGUCGGCACACUGUGCAGCCGGCGGUGGUAGAUGCGCUCUUAUCAGGGCACAAGAGCACAGUCCGACUUCUACUAAAACGUGGAUCACCCAUGCAUGACUACGGCAUGGAGCGAGGGGGACUAAUCAACUGCGCCAUCGCGCGGGAACAAUUGUCGCUUCUGAAGCUGUUAGUAAAUGAGUUUGAGGCAGAUGUUAAUUUCACAUGGCAGGAGGGUGUGUAUCCGUUGAACAGAGCUGUGUCGUCGUCUAGCGAGGGAGCAGCGGAGAUUGUACGAUUUCUGCUGGAUAAUGGUGCAGAUAUCGAGGCAGCGAAUAGCUAUGGGGAAAACACUGGCCAUGGUCAACGUCUAUUGAAUCAGGUGAUCCGUCAGGGAACAAUUGAUACGUUGCGUCUGUUGCUGACCCGUGGCGUGGUAACAGCUACCGCUCAAGCGCUGAGUAAUAAAGGCGUCUUUCGCAUAUGGCUUAUGCAGAGAUGCGAUGCCGAAGUGGUGCGUCUGUUGCUCCAACACGGCUACUUCGAGCCAGACAGCAUCAAUGGCACGCUGAUGGCCGUCAUGCGUGCUCGACGCCUGGAUAUCCUUCAACUCUUCAUGGACAGUGGCGUCGAUCCCAACACAAGAACCGGCAUAGCAGGGUUAACUCUUCUGCACACGGCCGUCAUUUACUGCGCUGUUCGCAGUAUGCCCAUUGAAACAGGUCUGGCAUCAACGACGGUAUGUAGGGACCGCCCGAUGUCCCACGCUUUGAACCUGGUGCGUAAAAUAGAGUCCGAUCCUUCGCAGCAGAUCUCGACUUGUAUCGGCGCGAAAGUGGAAAGAUGUGCCCCGGAGGAGAUUGUGCGCUGUCUGAUCCGGGGAGGCGCAGAUGUGAAUGGUCUGGAUGCGCGGGGGGCCAGUCCAUUGGCUCUGGCUGAGAUGUGCCCUCUAUCGGUACAGCAAAUGCUUAUCGAUUGUGGAGGUAAAUAA